ACCGUGGCGAAUCUUCUCUUCAACAACGCGCAUUCUCCCGUCUCCAGUGACGUUUGUACAAAAGACCACGGUCUACGGCGCCUGAAACCAUGGCUUCCGGCAGCGACAGUCUUCUCGAUCUCGAAAAACACUGCAAGCAACUCGAAGAAAAUGUCAAGCAGCUGCAAACAGCCCUCCAGCACUGGAGGACGUGGGAUGCCGAGUAUGAGUCCCUUAAAGAAGAAAUCGAAGCGUUACCAUCAUCAGCAAGCUCAGAACAGCUGAGGAAUAUCAGAAACGCCUUCGAUGCCGAGCUCGUGGUGGGCAAGGAGCUAGACGAGAUCUUCGGCCAGCAGCAGACAAAGACACGCGAUCAAAUUGUCAACCUUCUUGAGCGACGAAUCGACUAUGUUACAAAGAAUAUUGAGAGCCUUUCUCAGCAGCUCGAGAAGGCAGAGAACAAAUUCGCAGCGGCUUCCGUCAUCAGCGCUCCUGAUGCCGUUGACGAGGAUGGACAGCCCAUCACCGAAAUUGUCGAAGAGCUGGAUGACGACGACAACGUUGUUUCGUACAAAUUAAAUAAGCCGGGCGACUCUAUACCUCAUGUACAAGACGCUCUCAAGAAGGCUGGCGUCAGGGACAUUGAAGAACUACAGAACUCCCUCCAAAACACCAAAAUAGCGUCGAACAAAGAGGAAACCUCGUCCAAAAAACAAACGGUAGCGCCUCCCAAAAAGACUGUCGCUUUCGCCGAAGACGCCAAGGAUUCUGAUGAGCCGAAACCGCAAAUAUCAAAUCGCGCCAUGCGCAUUGAGCAGAUAAUGAAAACAGCGAGAGAUCAGGAACAAGAAGGUGUCAAGGAUCCCGUGAUCCCCGACGAUGAAGAUCCCGAGGAUGCACUUCUAAGACAACAAAUGCUCAAAUAUGGCAUGGGAGAGGUUGGUGCUGUGGUCGCAGAACUGGAAUUGGAAGAAAACGGCGGUGAAUUUGACGACGACGACGACGAAGACUGGCUGGAAGGCGACGAAAUGGACGACGAUGAUGACGAUGACGAUGACAACUUUGGCCGUUACAAAGGCCGCAUGAUCACAGAUGCCUAUCGACAGCGUAUGCUAGAAUUGGAGCAGAAAUUAGGUAUCCAGUCACGCUUUACUGCUGCUGCAGCGGCUAAGACUACGCAAGAGGAUGACGAUGAAGGCUUCGAUGAGCGCGUGGGUAAAAUUGUUGUCAAGGGGCAAGAAUCUACCGCGCCUGUACCAAAAUCGGCUGCUACUCCUGCGAAAUCCAGCAUAAAGCAGAACACGAGCGACUCUGAAGGUAAGAAAGGCGUCAAGUUUGCACCAGCGCUCGACAUUGCCGAGGCGUCCCAGCCUGUAUCCUCAGCAGCCCAGUACGUCGUAGAACCUCUCAGCGACAUUGUCGAACGGCCAGCUCGACCAACAACUACACCGAAAGCGAGUUCCUCUCAGCGCCCUUCGCGCUUCAAAUCGGCAAAGACGGCAUCAAAUGCUGCUCCAUCUGUCACCAUGGGUCAAAACGCUAUCAGGAGCGAUUUCCUGCCGCAGAGUGAAGCUCAGCCAACGCCUACGGGUCCUCCAGGUAUUACCAUCGCAGACAAGCUCGUCGAAAAGCAAGUGACCGCUGCCCCGGUCGAGCCUGAAUUGGUAGACGAUUCCAUGAUUCACUUUGAAGUCGCCGAUGAACAUCACCGUCUUCGUAAAAAGUUCAUCCAGAGAGAGGGUGGGUUUCUACAAGAGGAGGAGACGACCACUCAACACGUCGACGAUGAUGAUGACGGAACUCCACGGAUGAGCCGAUUCAAGGCAGCGCGAUUAUCCCGCCAGUAACUUAAAAUAAGUAUUCGUACAAAAGCAACGAGAAAAACAACUAAGAAAUUAUGAUAUCCAAUUCAAUAGCGUGCGUUGUGACAAACUGUGCCUUUAGCAACGGAACGCGUUUUUCAAGAUCGUCUCUCCGGAGACUGGUCAAAGUGCUGGGUAGUCAAUUCCAUCUGCUCCAGUACGGCUACGCUGUUCCAAGAUUAACUGAAUUUAAUUUCAUGACCGGCUCUCUGACGGCUUGACUGAUUCCGGGUUUAUCGGCUUCUGCGUAGUCUCGACGUUCUUUACACUGGCCACAACUUUCGCGAUACCCGUAGCACUGCGUUAGAUAUGCUAUAGGGUAGUCAGCGUAAUUGUGUAAUUUUGCGCAAAAUUAUGUAUUCACGUCUAUAUACAAUCUUUGAGAUGUCUCGAAAACAUAAUAUAAUAUCUUUUCA